AUGACCGACGAGUCUGCGCUGGCUCGUGACUUUUGCGUGACCGCGUUCGCCGCGGCAAAUGAGCUCGUCAUUUCGGCUCGAGAACAACUGCGCUUACUUCGCAACGCGCUUACAACGCGCCGGCGUACCCUUGCCAUUGCGACGUCAACUUUUCACUACCAGCUCGCAAGUCCCCAUGCUACCCUUGGUCUUGCAGCUACUUCCUCAUCUCCGCCGCUACCACCACACUCGCCUACGCCGCCUGGCUCAUACCCAAUCGCAUCGUCUCCUCUGUCCGCCUCGCCUCAACCAAUCCGCCCAUUAUCCCACCGCCGAGGUUCAUCGUCACAUUCAAUACCAUCGCACUCUUCAACGCCUACUGGACCCUCUGCCUCCACUGCUAUCCCACGUCCGGGUAUAUCGGCAUCCCGGCCUACCUAUCCAUCUCCGUCGCCAUCUGUUUCUCCCUCGCAAGUGCCCCGUGCGCCGCUCUCAUAUGUAUCUACCUCGCCACAGACAGGUCGCGGGUCUGUUACAUCUCCCAACUCAUCUCCCCAUCCUCCACUCUCCUUAAAUCGUCCUGGUCUCGCUGUAGUGCAUCCGUCGCUUGAUGGAGGCACUGAUGCGCUGAUACGCCAAGUUGAUGAGGCUAAGUAUGACUUGGCGGCAUUGUCUGAUACCCUUGCGCGGGCACGGUCCGGGCUGGUUCAGGAGCUGGUCGAAGUGUUCAGCGUUGUUGAGGUUGGCGGCCGUCCGCCGCUGGGUGGCAAGGCGGGCACGAAAGGCGAAUGGACGAUUGGGGGACUGGUGCUUCCUGUACCAGGGGAUAUUAGACGAUAUCCCCCGGAUCAUAUAAACGCAGUACUGACGCAUACCGUGCACUUUCUUACUUUGCUUGCAUUUUACCUGGGAAUCAAGCUACCGUUCGAGAUCAUGUGGAGUAGGUCAAGCACUCCACCCAUCUAUGGAUCAUCGACGGGAUCCGCGAAUAUCAAAGGCAACGGUUUGCUUGGUGUCGGUGUUCCAUGGAUUGGGGCAAUCAAGGGAGGCGAGAGCGGAGGGUGGUCGCGGUGGUCUACGAAGCAUCCGCUCCACGUGUCCGCCGCUUCCACACCAUCCACAUCGUCUGCUAAUGCUACUCCUUCGUCGUCUCCAUCACGGCCGACUGGCCAGGGACGUUCUGUGAGCUCACCGGUUGCGCCCUCCAUCGACUCUUCUUCUCGUGCUCCCCUCUCUGCAUCUAUGGCAGACUCGCAUUUCGAGGAACUGCCUAGUAGUGCGACAGCUAACGGAAGCUCGUUCACCACUGCUCUGGCGAUGCUAUUGUAUGACGUGUGCUAUCUGGCACACACACAAGCCGUCGAGAUUCCACUCGCGCAGGCGGGAGAGGUUCUUGGAAACCUAUGGGCGGUGUGCUGCAGCUCUGACCUGGGGAGAAAGUCACAUGCGACACACCCACCGCUCCCUGCACCAACGCCGGUGAGCUUCUCGCUCGAUUUUACUCAAUUGCUCCAAGCGAUCGCGACGAAUCCUGCUCGGCCUCGGGUGCGUGGGACUGGUGGUCGGGAACGGUGGAGCGCCGCCCAAAUCAUUGAGGAAGAUGAGGACGAGUGGGACCUCGUGGACGCCAGCGGAGAAUAG